AUGCAGCUGCAGCAGCAGGAGCUCAACACGAGCUUUCUCUCGAGCCAAAGGCAUGCGCUCAAGGCCCCCAUCUUUCUGCCCUACACACUCCUGGGCACCAUUGAGUCCGUGCAGGCGCCCGUGCUGCUGGGGCGCCCAAAGGUGGACACCACCUGUGUGAAACACAGGCAGGGUCCCACGAAGCAGCGGGAGAAGACGGGCGAGGAGAAGCCUGUCAGAAUCUCCCACAAUCCUGUGGAGCUCCAGGAUGUGAAGAUCACCAACGCUGUCGACCGCAAGACGCUUGGACUCGUCAAGCUCACUUGCAAUCCGGUGGAGCUGGAGGUGCAUGGUGGGCCCAUCGAUGUUAAAGAGACGCACAAAGAUGAUGGCGUCGUCGUCGCCCACUUGUUGGACCUGCUGCUGUUGCUGUCCCUCGUCAUGACGGCGUUGUUCAGCGGCUUUGCCUUUGCCGUUUGCGAGGCGGAGCCUGAUGCCAUCUUGCAGUCGUGGGACCCGGUGCAGGAGCUGGAGCUGCCGUUCGGCGACGGUUUGGUCGUGGCGGGCAUCACAGCCGUCCUGGGCGUUUUAGCCUUCCUCGUCGAUCUGCGGCUCGAUUGA